AUGGGAGUGAUGAAAAAACAUUUUCAAUUAGCUCUACUGUUUUGCCUUCUCUGCUUGGAACUUGCUGGCUUUUGCUAUUGUGGUGGUGGUUUCAUUUGCAGAGAAGUAGAAAGGAAGGCACUUGUUGAUUUCAAAAAUGGCCUUAAAGAUCCCAAUGGACGUCUAUCUUCUUGGAUUGGCUUGGACUGUUGCUCUUGGACCGGCGUGCAUUGCCACAACUACACUGGCCAUGUUAUAAGGCUUGAUCUCCGCAGGUAUGGUGGCAAUGGGUCUUUGGAAGGUGAGAUCAGGCCUUCUUUGCUUGUUUUGAAUCACUUAAGAUAUUUGGAUCUUAGUUUCAACUCUUUUGAAAAUACUAGAAUUCCAACUUUCUUGGGUUCACUGGCAAGUCUUCAAUAUCUUGACCUUUCUCUUAAUGACUUCAUUGGGCGUGUCCCACACCAACUUGGUAAUCUGUUUCGCUUGCAGUACCUUGAUCUUUCAUAUAAUUCUCUAAAUAUGGUUGGAAGCCAUUGGCUCACAAAUCUUUCUUCUCUUCAAUGUUUGAAUUUGACUGGUGUGAAUCUUUCCGAGGCAAAAAAUGUGCUCAAAUCACUAAACACCCUUCCUUUGAUAUCUGAGAUAAACUUAUAUGAUUGUGAGCUUCACAUCCCUCUUUCACUUGGUGUUGAAAUUAACUUUACAAAUCUUCGAUUCCUUGAUCUUUCCUACAAUGGCAUUAACUCUACCAUGCCUCAAUGGUUGUUCAAGUUGAGUGGCCUUGAGUAUCUUCAUCUUCAUGAUAAUAAUUUUCAAGACCUUAUCCCUUCCGAUAUUGGGAAACUUACUUCUCUUAGGGUCCUUGAUCUCUCAUAUAAUGGUGUCCUAAGUGUUGAACUACCAACUACUUUGGGGAAACUCUGUAACUUGAGCAAACUAUAUCUCUCGGAAAAUAAAUAUUUCUCUGGUGAUCUUAAUAGAUUGGGAGAAAUAUUUUCCGGGUGCUUGAAAAACAGUUUAGAGCAGUUGUAUUGGAGUAAUGCAUCACUCAGUGGGCCAUUGCCAAGUUGGUUGUGGAACCUUAAGUCUCUUAAGGCUCUUGAUCUUUCUUCUAAUAAUUUUAAUGGAACUAUUCCAAAAUAUUUGGGACAAUUAUUACCAGAGCUGGACACGUUGGUCCUAUCUUAUAAUAAUAUAGCAGUGAGACUUGAUUGGGUUCCUCCACCUAAACUAAAAUAUUUGAAUAUGAACUAUUGCAAAGUGGGCCCAAAGUUUCCAUCAUGGCUUCAGAAUUUGAAAAUUUUGUCUUCACUUGAAAUGUCAAAUGCAAGUAUUGUUGAUGCGCUACCACUAUGGUUUUGGAACUUCUCUUUGGACAUUGGACGCAUAGAUUUAUCACACAAUGAAAUUAAAGGCAAAAUACCAGCAGGUUCAUCAAAAUUAACCAAUCUUGAAAUUUUGGAUUUAAGUCAUAAUUAUUUGGAAGGACAGUUGCCACAUUUUUCAUCAAAUCUAGCAUAUUCGGAUCAGGCGCAGGGCUUAUUCUCAAGAUCUAGUUUCUCCAAUACAAGCUUUAUACUGCUAAGUUUGUCUGAGUUGUAUAUUUCUUCAAACAAAAUAACAGGAAGUAUACCUAGCUCAUUAUGUGAACUAAAUUAUUUGCAAGUCCUUGACCUCUCGAAGAAUAUGAUUGAAGGAGUAGUUCCUGAUUGCUGGAAUCAUUCUUUGAUAAUAAUGGAUUUGUCUUAUAACAAUCUACAUGGAAUAAUUCCGGCAUCUAUCUUCUCCACAAUUUUAUUGUGGGAUCCAGUUAACGGGGAAGGUUGUCGGGGAGCGAGAGAUGUUGUGUUUCUAGAAGAUCAAAUGGCUGAUCUUGAUGAGCGAGUCGAAGGUGUAGAGCCAGUUGAAGAAAUUGAAGAAGCAUCUCCAACGCCACCAGUUGAGACCCAAGUGAGAAGAUCUACUAGAGAUCGUCAUCCCUCUAGUAGAUACAGUACAAAUGAAUAUGUUAUGCUCGUUGAUGGAGGAGAGCAGAAACAUAUGAGGGAAGCUAUACAACAUGAGAAGAAGCGGGGAGUGGUUUGGAGCCAUGCAAGAGGAGAUGAGUUCCUUGUGUGA